UGCCUUCUGUUUCCUAGUAUGGAUUUCAUCCAAAAGAGAGAGAUCUCCUAUGGUUCCUCUUUUCAUUGCUCACCAUGGAUGGAAAUAUUUGUUUCAUCUUCUGCGAUCUCACUUCUUUGUUUUCCCAGUUUUGCUUUUACAAUACAUUCAUUCAAACUUAGAGCUCCAUUUGACUGGCUGAACAGAGUCGGAGACUCUGUUCUUUACAUCAACUGGCAUCCAUAGCUCUCAGUUUUCAUGGUACCAUUUGUACCGAUCGGAAAACUUGAGGAAUCCAUCAAAUUGGCUUCAGAAAGCGCAUUUUGCUUGCAAAAUGCGCUCUCUGACUGCUUUAAGGUUGGUACCUUCACCUUGUACGAAGAUGCAUCUAGGGCAUCUCCAAUCAAGCGAAAUAAGCUUCUCUUGGAGACAAUCCUCAUGGAUUGUUCACCUACAGGAGAUUCAUCAGAGAAGUUCUUCUUCGAGGACUGCCUCUUCGAGGCAGUCCAAGCAAGCUUCUUUACCACCAAAAUUGUUGGAAGAGUACACAAAUUCUAUAUUUGGUAAGGUCUUUAGAAUAGGCCUUAAAUCAACUGCUUUGACAGAUUGCUGUUUCUCAGAUUCUUCUUUAUCUGCUUCCUUCUGUUUCUCUUCUUCUCUUAAAUUCUCGCAUUGUUUGCUCUCUUGUAGAUCAGGUUUGUCACUAUUUAGAUGGCUCAUUUCAAACCUCACAGUUUUCUUCAUACAAGAUUGUGGUUUGGGAUUUAUGUGUGAAGGUUCAGGCUUUUGUUUCAAGGAUGGAGGUGCAGGUUCAACCUUCUUAAUACCAAAUAGAAACUUUAGAGCUUUCUUGGGACUUCUUUCUCUUACUUUUUCAUAAUCAGAUUUGUUUUUCUGCUCAAGUCAUUUUUCUUGUACUUGUCGCUUUUCUUGUUCGAUUUUCUUUUCUUCUUGGCUACUUUGAUGUUUUUCUUUGCUCGAAGCUCGAAUUUCCUCUUCGAUUUCACUCACAAUAUCUUCAUAAUCAGUCGAACUCAGUGUCAUAACUUCCGCUAUAGUCUGACUUGGGAUUUGUGAACUUUCACUUUCCAUAAAAAUCUUAAAAUCAAAAUCCAAACAUCACUAAAAAUCUCCUCCUAAUUAUACCAAAUUCCCCAAAUUUCCUAAAUUCCUCAAAACCCCUAAAUUCAACUCAAAAAACUCAAAAUUUCAAAAUCCAAAAACCUGCUCCAUCCCAGGCUCCUUUCAAACCAAAGGGUACUACCCUUUCACCCCAAAACCUCCAUCCAAACAAGCUACAGCAAAAAUCCCCCCUGAUCUCCUACUAAAACCAAAAUUUCAAAAUAUCUUAAAACUCCUCUACGCUAAAAUACCUAUUCUAGCACCAAGAAGCUGGUCAUGCCAGGCUAAAAUUUUGGA